GUAGAGAUUAAAGCGUUGACCCACAACACUCAUCUCAGGUCCUUGUCCGGAGGACCCUCUGAGAAGACCUCUCACCUUACCUCCCCACCUCCUGCUCGACCUAUAAUUGCAUCCAUAACCACAAACAAACAAUAACAAACUUCUCUCUCUUCUCUUUCUCUCUCUGUGUUCUCUGGCAUCUGUUCACUCUUAUCCGCUGCUCUGUGAGAUCCCCAAAACCCAGGAGAAGCAUUGAAGAAUGCAAGUUACACAUAGGAGUUGAGUCACAGUUUGAAGAAAUCGGACCACCACCUCACCACCACGUAUCUCAAUACACAGCUAAAAGCCACUUUACAUUUACUACCCUUUUACAAUUCUUUCCCCUAGUCCUAGGCACCACCCAUUUGACAAAAAGCUUCAGUCACCUCUUUUUCAUCUGCUCACUGCCCUAAUGAGAUGUGAAUUGAAGUGAGUGAGCCAGACAGCCAGCCAGCCAUUACAGGAUAAGAUCACUGAAUUCUGUGACUAUCAGCUAGGCUCUUCUCUAACCAAUCACUUUUCACCACCUUUAUAGUAAUGUUAUGCUGCAUGCAUAAAAUCCCAUUUCAUGAAACCUCUCUUGAUCGGCACCGAAUGCUUCUUCUUUCUGUGGGCGUCUGGAUUUUAGUACUAGAGGCACCUAAUACUGUGACCAUUUCCAGUUGUUGCAGUGUACCAUUUUAAGGCCCUUGAAAUCUGUGACCUUCUUUGGAGGUAUUCUUGGGGGCUCUUCAGUCUUCACACUUUUUGGCUUCUCUUCUCUUGUCCUGGUUAAGUUUUUUUAGGUUAAUGUUAAGCAUACCCAUUAAAGAUAAUAUCUUUGAAAAGCACUGCUUCUUUUGGAAUGUAUUGAAACAAAGGUAAGGUAGAUUCCUGAAAUUAUUCCUUACACCUUCUCCUCUUUCUGAUUCCCGAUACCCAAAAAAAUAAAAUGGGUUUUAUCUCAUUACUAUUCUAGCGUAAAAGAUAGAAAAGGGUUGUAAAAAAAGAUUUUAUCCUUUGUUUGGAUUCUUAAUUGUAGAGAAAAUAAUGAGAAAAUAAAGAGCAAAUAAAGAGAAGAGAAAGAAAAUUCUCAGUUUUUUCCUACUUUUGUCCCUUUUUCUUCUUUAUUCAUUAUCACAAUAAAGAAAAUGAUAAAAGUUCUUUUUUCUUUUUUAAUUUUCUUUUCUCUCUAUUUCCCAUUUAAACAAAUGGGUUAGUAAAAAAGAGCCUUCCUGUUUUUACUUUCUCCAUCUAUCUAUUUAUAUGUCUAAGGAGUAAAUCUGUCGUUGCUCACAUCUUCUGUGCCUCUCUUUCUCUGCCUCUCUGCUCAUAUCUUGAUUUUGUUUCCCCAUUUUUAUUUUAGCAACAGUAAUGGCAGAUUGGCAUGGUAUCAUGGGCAAGGGCAGUGCGGGUGGUUAUAGCAGGAGAUCCAUAAGUAGUGAAGAUUUUGAAGAAGAAGAUAUAUGGUCAGUUGUGAAGGAGAGAGAAGAUUCAAGUCCCAAUAUGAGGAAAUCCAAGGAGUACUACUCCUCUGCUUCUUCUUCUUCUGCAUGGCGCCUCCAUAGUGCUCCAAGAAUGAUCCCAAGAGCUAAUCUUGCUAACCCACCAACAGCAGCAGCAGCGGUAACACCCCAUGAAACCAAACUAGUUAAACAGUCAUCAGCUCCUGUGAACAUCCCUGAUUGGUCAAAGAUUUAUCAGAAAAAUACAAGAAUGGGCUCUCCUAAUGAUGAUAAUAUUGUUUAUGAUAAUGGGUAUCAUAAUGAUGAUGUUAAUGACAAUGAUGAUGAUGAAGGAGAUGAAAUGGUCCCUCCACAUGAGUGGUUAGCUAAGAAGUUUGCAAGGAGUCAAAUUUCUUCAUUCUCUGUGUGUGAAGGGAUUGGAAGGACACUCAAAGGGAGAGAUCUUAGCAAAGUGAGAAAUGCUAUUUUGACAAAAACAGGUUUCCUUGAGUAAUUUAAUUUCUUAAUCACCAUUUCAAAAUCAAGUUAAUAUCAUCAUAGUCACCAUUCAUGACUACAGUAUCUGCAUCAUCAUUUUUAUCAUAAGGGUCCCAUGUAACCUUUCAUUUGUUGUUAUUAAUUACUGUUCCUAAUAUCAUAUGGUAUGUAUUGUAUUAUUCAGAGCUGCCAUUUUUGUUGUGGGUUUUUCUUGGAAGAGAAUAGAGGGCAAAAAAGAAAAAAGGAAAAAACUUUGGCAGCCUCUGAGAUUUUGUCUUGUAGCCUGGUGGAUUGUGUUUUGGGUAAUUGUAGUGCACCUGUACCAGGAUAUGUGAAAAGGAAUUAGUUAAUUUUCAUAUCUCCCUAUCUGCAUCUGCCUUUGGCUGCUUUUUUUAUUAUUUAUUAAUUUUAAUCUCUCUUUUCUGUCUUUUUC